CCACCAUUCACAUAUUGUGGUAUGGAUUGCUUUGGUCCCUUUGCCACUACGGAAGGACGAAAACAGCGUAAACGAUAUGGACUGCUCUUUACCUGCUUUUGCUCACGGGGCAUCCAUAUUGAGAUGCUAGAGGACUUGUCCACUGACGCCUUCAUCAAUGUCCUGCGAUGCUUCAUUGCUCUUCGAGGUGCAGUCCGUCAAAUCCAGUGUGAUCAAGGCACUAACUUUGUUGGUGCUAAGAAUGAAUUGAAGGCAGCGCUAAAAGAGCUUGAUUCACAGAGGCUGAGUAUGUUUCUGUCAGAAAGGCAGUGUGACUUUGUCAUGAACGCACCCCACUCCAGUCAUGCAGGUGGAGUGUGGGAGCGACAGAUAAAGACAGUAAGGAGUGUUCUGAACUCCACUCUAUUACUUUCUGAUGGCAAACUCAACGACGCUUCACUAAGGACUCUACUUUAUGAGGCCAUGGCCAUAGUCAACAGUCGACCCCUCACGGUGGAUAACCUGAACAAUCCUGACAGCCUAGAACCACUCACCCCCAAUCAUCUGAUCAACAUGAAAUCCAGCACAGCACUGCCUCCACCUGGCACCUUCCUCAGAGAGGACUUGUAUGGAGUGAAAAGAUGGCGUCGCGUGCAGUAUCUGGCAGAGCAGUUUUGGAGUCGCUGGAAACGAGAGUAUCUGCACAACAUCACUGCAAGGCAGCGUUGGCAUUCGCCGAUGAGGAAUCUACUAGUAGGUGAUAUUGUGAUGGACACAGACAAACUGUUGCCCAGAAGUGAGUGGAGACUCGCUAGGGUCUUAGAGACGGUCAGAGGUAAGGAUGGACUCGUAAGGAGAGUGAAAAUCUCACUUGGAGAUAAGAGACUAAACAAGAAAGGUGAGCGCCUUGGAAAACUUUCCGUGGUGGAGCGUUCUGUGCAGAAGCUAGUUCUGCUGUUGGAGGCUUCUUAAGCCCAUUUCUGUUAAAGAAAACUUUCUGUCCUAAUAGAAAAAUUAUUCGUAGUUCAUGUCAUAUUAUGUAAAAUACUCAUAAUUUUGGUGGGAGUGUAAAUAACCCAGUAUAUGUUUAGCUCUACAGAAGAAAUAUUAUUAUUGAACAGUCAUUUCAGUAGGCUUUAUUAAGUACUUUACCUUGUUUAAGCCCUAGUGUCUUACUUCCUGUUCUGACUAGAGGUGCUUUUAUUUUGAAAGCCACCCGCUGGCACCGUAACUAGUUUUCCUGCUACUUGCGACGGAGAGACUGUAAUAUACACACACGGUGAAUGAUUUAACGUUUAGCACCCCUUUGAAGAGGCACAAGCUCUUACGUUGGUUUUGGGAUUUCCAAUAAAUCUAAAAUCAUCAGUUCAAGUGUCAGACCAUCUUUCCGAAGGAUGUGCUACAGAUGUCAUAUUCCAAUAAAGUGUCCCUCUACUGCAGAUUCUGAUGAGUAUAGAAAUCGUAAAAACUGGUUCUCAAAAAAUGUACAAGGUGUGUGCACUCCCACUAUGCAGUUCUCCAACAUUGUUGUACAUUGGAAAGGUGCAACUCAUGACUCAAGAAUUUUCCCGAACUCCUGUCUGUACGAUCAGUUUAAAGGUGCUCACAAAGUGGAAUCAUACUUGGUGACAGAGGGAAUGCCCAGAUCAACUUCUUGUUCACCCCUUACCUGCACACUUGAGCAGCAGCGGUACAACCAAGCUCAUAUCCAUACCAGAGGUACAGUGGAGCGCAUGUUUGGUGUAUGGAAGAGUCGUUUCCAGUGUCUCAGAAACACAUUGCGCUUUGA